AUGGGCAAGAUGGCUCGCUCAAUUUUCAGCAAAGUCAGUCCUGUUUUGAUCUUUCAGAAGCAAAACGUUUCUAACGAGAGAGAAAAAAUAGCUAGCUCAAGGCUUGGAGCUUACGGGUCUGCCAUUUCUCUUAGUCCUGAACUUUCCAGCGAACGUCGCCGACGACGGUGGGCUGAGCUAGAGAGUUCUCUUCCAGAAGGGUUUUCAAAGAGAGUGAGAGACAGGGGUCUUGUCCACGUGGGAUGGGUCCCACAACAUCAGAUCUUGGCCCAUCCAAGUGUCAGUUUCUACAUUAGCCGUGUGGGAUUAAGCUCGGUCAUAGAGGCUUUGGUCAACGACUGUCAGCUGGUACUUUUGCCAAUGAAGAGUGAUCAGUUCUUUAACUCUAGGCUAGUGGGUGAGAAUGGUAUAAUGAAGAGUGGGGUGGAGGUUAAAAGGAGAGACGAGGAUGGGUAUUUUGAGAAGGAAGACAUUUCAGAGGCAGUUAAAACAGUUAUGAUCAAGGUUGACGUGGAACCAGGGAGAUCGAUCCGGAUGAACCAGCAAAAAUGGCGUGAUUUUUUAGUGGACAAAGGUGCUCAAGAUAAAUUCAUAUCUAAUAUGAUUCUAAAAAUGAAGCAUCUCUUGGUUGAUUCAAUUGACGAGUGA